GAAAAAACUACAUUUGUUCAUUUAACUCAUGCUGAUAGCUCACAUGAGCAUUAAGAGUCAAAUAAAUAUGUGUGAUGUUAAAUAACCUGCAUUAAACACGGUUAAGUUAAAGAGGCUACAAAACAAAAUGGGCACCACUAAUUGUAUUGGUAAUUAAAAAAACGAAGGAAACAUUUGCCACAGCACAGAAAUGUUUUACAUUUUCAUUCACAUAUUACACAAAAUAAAUCAAAAUAAACCGUGUAUGACUUAAUUAAUCACAUAAAAAAUAAUCUCCAAUUUGUCUAAGAAAAUGAUAUACUAAAAACUGUGUAAUUAAAUCAUGCUGAUAGCUCACACUAAAAUAAAAAAACAAAUGUUACUCACACAUAAGCUGCUUCAACACUGUGGAAAUGCUUUAGAAAUGAAGCGUGCAUACAUACAAAUACAUACAUCUAAAAGUAUUGACUUCUGUCCUAAGUGUGUUUAGUCUGUCCUCACAUCUCUUUCUUAAACGCUCCUCUGACUGCCUGUCUGUGAUUCUCCCUGCAGGGAAAGUGAUCAGCAGAGCGUUGAUCUCCUCGGAGGACGAUAACGUGGUGAUGUCGUCCAGCCAGAUGCCAACCAGGCCUUACAAAAUCAGCCAUGUUACCGUGGUGACCAAACCGGCCGGUACCGUGUCGUCCGCGGCGAUGGCAUCACACCUUGUGCACUUGCCCUCUGACAGCAGCGGUAAAACAGACAGUGUGUUGGAGGUGGGGGAGCUGGAGGGCGACACCCUGGACCCCCAAACCGGCUUAUUUUAUCGCUCCAGCCAACCAGCUGCAGACCCAACAAAACAAACCCUCCAUCUUGCAGCAACUCAGCUUCUUUCGGGCCAAAUUACUUCCAUUUCCACCUCAACACAACCACCGCCACAACUCCAAAGCAAACCUCAAAUCCUCCAGCCUUCCUCUUCCUCCGCCUUCCCCUCCACCCUCACUCUGACUAAGAAACUCCCCAAACUACGGGAGCAGAUUCAGCCCAAACUUUUGACCCCGAGCCCCAAAGACAGACCCCUAACUGCACCAGCAUUUGCCUCCGGAGUGAAAGUCGUGAUUCAAGGAACGCCAAUCAAAACCCUGGUUACGCCACAGCUCCCAAAACUCCAACAGGCGCCAACGUCCCUCCACAGACCCCUGCACACCCCCAUGUCUCACCCUCCCCCCCUGCAGGCGCAUCACCCCGUCAGCACCGAGAAGACCUCCUCCAGCCAGCAGCCAAUCAUCACUCAGAGCGCGACCGUCACUAAGAUCACGUCGCAGCUCGUGCGGCCGUCUGGAGAGAAGCCCUCGGUGUCGGACAUCUUGAAAAUCUCCAUGAUGGAGGCGGAGAUCGACCCUAGCGUGGAGCCCAUGGUGGUGGAUUCCUCCAGUGACUGUGGCCCUCUGGGUAAAAACCAGGCGGUGACGAUGGAUUCGGGUCCGUUUAUCAGCAGUUCCGGGGCCCAUCACUCUCUCUCAAAGGGCCCGAAGUUCAGCUGCAUGCCGGGCCUCACAGUGCAGAGGAGCAAGGAGGACAUGGAGGUCAUCGAGGUGAUUCCUCAGUACUCCAUCCUGCCCGACUCCAGCCAGUCCAACGUGGUGGUGGAGCCCAGCGGCUUCCUGGAGAUCACCAACUACACCAGCCAGCAGCUGGAGGAGGACAGCCCCAUGGAGCAGGAGGUGGACAGCAGCACACGACCAACCAUGCCAAUGUGUACGGACCUAUACAUCGCGUUCAUGGUAACGGAACUUCCACCUAAGAUCGUCAAUGGCCUUCGGUCACUCUCCCUCGCCUCUCGCCGCACCACACCCUCCUUAAUCUUCCAACUUCUGGUUUGCUCGGGACGUAAGCCUAUCGACGUCUCGCCUACCGUCGUACUUCCAUCUGGUCGGUCGCUCUCUCAACCGGUCAUCAGGAUCGCCUUCUACUGCUUUGACCUUGGUCUUGGACGCAGCGAAGACCCAGUCGACCCUAUGUUGAACGCUCUGCUGAUUCUCCUCUUCGUGCCCAUCUUUGACUUCAUCAUAUAUCCGCUCAUUGGCCUUUGCAAGAUCAACGUCACGCCUCUGAGGAAGAUGGCCGUAGGGAUGAUCUUUGCAGCGUUGGCCUUCGGAGCGGCCACUCUGUUGGAGAUCGAAGUUGUGAAAUCGGUGGUGGAUCCUGCCCCGGCGGGGAAGUGUCUCCUUCAGGUGUUUAACCUGGCGGAGGGUGAUGUGAGUCUGAUGAUCCCCGGCAGCCAUCUGUUCAAAGAGCCGAUCCCAAACCUCCAGGACCCUGCUCAAUACGAGACACUUCCUGCAUCCGGAGAGGAUCUGCAGUUUCAAGUCACCUUCAACGGGAAAACCUCAGAGUGUAAUCACACGUUCCUUCAACGCGAGGCGUACAGUCUCAUCCUUUACCCAGACGCUGCUGGAAUACGGUGCAAUGUGGUGAGUGAAAGAAAACUCCUUCUCUAA